CUUUUAUAUAUGGAAUUACUUUAAAUUACAUUUAAAUUAAGUAGAAAAGUAUGAUUGGAGCGAUAUAAAAGAAAGACGAUCAGUAAUUUUCAGACAUUCUUAUAACUUUCAACAAUGAAGGGGCUUAUGGUUACUGCAACUGUUUUGUUGCUAAGUCUUCGAGAAGGUGCUUCCGGAGCGGAUCAAAGAAUUAUUGGUGGCUAUCAAACCACCAUUGAGAAAUUUCCUUAUCAAGCCUGGCUGAUAGUGGUAUCAGAAAAAUCAUAUUAUCGUGAGUGUGGAGGAUCUGUACUUAAUGAAAAAUAUGUUCUGACAUCUGCGGUUUGCGGCCAAGGGUAUUUAUGGGGUGACUCAGUUUAUGCAAGAUGUGGUUUCACAAAUGGAGCUGAAUCAACCGAAAAUUCACCAUAUAUAAAAGGACAGUUGAAGACGCAUCCGAAAUUCAACCCAAACACAAUGGACUACGACUGUGGUGUGGUUGAAUUGGAAGAAAAUUUAAAACUGAAUGGCAAAACGAUCGCGCCUGUAACUCUUGCCAAAGUUGGAACAGAGCUAAAGGCUGGGACGAAACUUGUGGUGGCUGGAUGGGGAUACACUAACAAUAAAGGGGAUUAUAGUCAAAAUCUUCAAGCCGCUAAGGUAGUCGUGCAAAGGUAUGGGAUUUGCAUUAGAUACGCGAAGGAUUUGACGAUGAGAAUGGGAUGUGUGGAAGGUCAAGGAGAAAAUCCAUGCACGGGUGACUUUGGAGGAGCGCUUGUGAUGGAAGAUACAAAGGAGCAAGUGGGUAUAGCUUCCUUUGCUUCGAUAAAGGGUCGCUGCGAUAAGUAUCCUGUAGUAUUUACAAACACAACUAAUGGAGAAAUAAGAGACUGGAUAAAAAAAGUAUCCGGCGUUUGAAGAACCUUGUCCGCUUCAAGAGUAAUAAACAACUAAGAUUUCA